GUCCUGGUUGAACUCAGAAAUCCAACGGCCUCUGCCUCCUGAGUGCUGGGAUUAAAGGUGUGCGCCACCAUGCCCUGCUCAGAUAAAGUAUUCUUAAAAGGAAACCAUACCCCAAAGAGAUAAGUUAACCAAUUAUUAUUUCGGGGGAAGAGAAUCUGUGUGCUUCAUCUGUGGAUCACUCUUCCUGUAUUUACAUCAGUGCCUUUAGCCUAGAGCUGAGAUUGGCUGAGCACCUCCAUGGAUCAUGAGGUACAGAGUUUCCUGAGAGAUGCUCAUAGGGUGAAAACAAAAAUCUCUUGUGGAAUAGCAAGUUCAUGCUAUGUUUUAGUUACAGCGUGUCAUGCCAUGAUUGCAGAACUCUUUGAAGUUAAGUACUUCCAUGAUACUGGUACCGUCUCGUAGGUCAGGAAAUGAGGCUGAUAAAGUUGACUUUCUUACUUUUGUGAAAUAGGACUGAAACACCAGCCCUCAAGUCCCAUUCAAAACUCUAGCAUUUUAAAUUAAACUUUGAGUAUAUAAUUGCAUGUAUUUUUUUUUUUUUUUUUUUUUUUUUGAGACAGGGUUUCUCUGUAUAGUCCUGCCUGUUCUGGAACUCACUUUAUAGACCAGGCUGGCCUCGAACUCAAAAAUCUGCCUGCCUCUGCCUCCCGAGUGCUGGGAUCAAGGGCAUGCGCCAUCACGCCCGGCUAAUUGCAUGUAUUCUUAUCUAGAAAAUAAAUUAGGAGUAAUAAUUUCUAGUAAAUUCUAAGGAUUUGCUAAUGGAAUUCUAGACUAAUAUAGAAGUAUUCAUAGACUAGUAAUUAUUUACAAGCAUACGCUGAAUGCUUCCCAUGCCAGGUUUUACUCUACUGUAGUGUAGUCAUCUCAUGAUGGUCAUACAACACACUGCUGUUCUCCACAUUCAAGGUUAAAUAAGUUGUUCAAAAUCUCAUUACCUCUAAGUCAUACAUCUGUACUGUGUUACUCUAUGACAUUCACUCUUAAUCAGUGGGUCAUAGUGCCUAGAGAGAGACUUUUUUUUAAAAGAAAAAAGAAUUAGUAAUUAAGUAUAGCCGUCUUCUUGGUGGGCUUGUAUUUUAUUCUCUGUUAAUUAGGUUGUAGUCUUAUAAUCCCAUCAAAGUCACCAUGAUGUUCAAAUACAAGGUAAUACAGUAAUCUGUGGUUGAUGCUCUUCAGUGACUAUAUAGCCUUAAGCAAUAGCCCAGUUCUAACAGUGGUGUCCCUGCUAGAUGCACAGUUUGAGGGGGAGUGGACUAAAACUGCUACUCAUUUUGGAAGUACGAGUCCCAAAGAUGCUUCCUAAAUAUUACGACAGUGUGUUAUCCAGGUGAUAUCUGCUACAGAUUUAUCAGAAACCCAAUCUAAAAGAGUUCUUCAUUCUUUCUUAAUCCAUUCUUUAUAGUUCCUAAUUUAAACAUGAUCUUUGUUCUGAACCUGGGAUACUUCCAAGUCUGUGGCUCCCACACUGUGGCGAGUCGGGGAGCAAACACAGAAACUGGGUCAGCUAGCGUAUCAGACUCAAGGGCUAAUGUCACCCCAAACAGAGGAAGGCCUUGCUUCAGUCUUGAUCGAGAUCACCUUUCUCCACACUGUGAGAUUACUAUGGGCAGGUUGGGUUUACUGUUGGAGCCCAUGGGAACAUUUUUUCCUGAUCUUGCUUAUCAUGAGAAGUCCAUCAAUGGUCUUUCCAAAUACCACCUGUUUCCCAUCCAGCCAAUCACACUUAGGACAUGUGAUAAAACAAACAAACAAACACCUGGCAGCCGUUUGUACUGGACCUCCUUUGCUGUUUGUUUGAUAGCAUGUGAAUAGCUUCAGUUGCAUGCUUCCGCAUCUUUGAGCUCAGUCACUCUGCCGUGCUUUCUCUGUGGUGAUGGAUGGACUCUGAAACUGGGAGCCAAAGGAAAUUUUUUGUUUCUUUCAGAUAUUUUGGCCACAGUGGUACAAAUGUAAUUAAAGAACUACCAGGAUUGACCCUUAAUGAGUAGUGACUAUCCACCCUGAUUAUUGAAUUAGAAUAUCUAUUUAUCCAGCCUAUAUCUAUUUAUUCAUUUCUCAGCCUCUGGGAAAAAGUUCUCCUGAACAGCAGUACCCAGCAGAUGAAUGUGUUUGCAUCAGAGAUAAGCUGGGUGAAUUUUCUGCUUCCAGAGAGCUUGUUGUAUAGUAAGGAAGACAAGAAGAGUGCAGGAGAUAGCUGUCAUGAGCCCAGUGGGUUAGUGUAGUAUGGGAUGCCACGUAAUUAACCAAAGAGAUGCAGAGACAAGCAGUGGAGGAGCCAGGAACUGUCUACCCUGUGACUGUGAGCUAAUAGACCCCCAUAAAUGCCUUGCAUCAUCAUAUUGUCUAUAGGUUUAUGUGACGAGGACAUUAAAGCCUUGUGUAGUGGUAUAUACCUUUAAUACCCAGCACUUUGGGAGGCAAAGACAGGCAGGAUCUCUGAUCUCUCAGCCAGCCUAGACUAUGCACUAAGUUCCAAGACAGCCAGGGUCACAUAGACCCUGUUUCAAACAUGAAAUUCAAUUUGAAGUCCUUGAUGAGUAGGAGACUUUAGACAGAUGACCUUGACCCUACCUGUCCUGGCUAACUCAUCAUGGGAAUGGCGUUCUUCACAGCUUCAGGCUCAGCUCUGGCUGCCUGUUCAAUGAAGAAGCCUUUGAGGGUAGUUAACAGAUUUCCAAAGACAUGAGCAAGAUGUCUCUGAUAGCCUCAGACCUUUCUCAGGGCUUUGCCUUUGAAGCCCCCCGGUCUUUAUUUCCAAGCCAUCUCUUCUGCAUUUGACUUAGGUAGAGUUGAGAUUUUCUGCCCCUUCCUGCUUGUUAGAAGUGGGCCAUUCUAUUGUCUUAGGAGUUUUGUUUGAAAAGUGAGACAAGUUUUGGUUAGACUGAAAAUGAAGUCAUUUUCAAGGUCCCUCACUGGUAGCCUGUGGGGGAUUUAUUCCUCUUGUUUCUGUAUGUAAAUGUGUUUGGUGUUAGGGACAGGGCCAUUAAGUCCUUAGAGCAUAUGGAAGCUGCAGCUUUUGUCUUCUUCGUUUCGUCUACUGAUUUUAAGGAUAUAUAUGUCUUGUUUUCAUCUCUAAUUGGUUUUCCGUAGCUUUAGCUUCACUUAAUUAGGAUUUUCGAGAGAAGCACCACAUCUGUUUCAGCUGAAUUUUGAAAGAAAACUUUGCUUGGGUGGUAGAUGAAAUGUUCUUCAGUUGUGUGGUCUGACUUGAAAUGAGGCGCCCUGUGAGCCACUGGGAAGGAGAGUUGGGUUGGCUGUUGGUACAGUGGGUGCCAUGCCAGUGAGAGAGCUUAAAGCUUGAGCUCAGAUCUUAGCACCCUCAUAAACAGACAAAGUGUGUGGCUCUUUCUGCAGCACUAGUGCUGGGGAUGUGGCACCAAGAGGAUCCCUGCAGCUCACUGGCCACAGAGUCUUCUCAGUCAGUGAGCUCCACUCAGUCAGAGAGAUGUGUGGGGCCAAACAGUAAGGUAGAGAGCAGUAGAGGAAGCUACUUGAUAUUGGUCUCUGACCUACACACACACACACACACACACACACACACAUACACACAUACAUACAUACAUACACACACAUACACAUACACACACACACACACAGAAAUUCUGUCAGAUUUCUGUCAGUGGAACUCAGUGACCCUGGCUGACACUGUCUGAUAUUUUGUUGAAGACUAUGACCCUGAGGUUUUAUUGAGAGUUUUGUUUGCUUCUCAGUUCUAAUUCACCGAAAGGAUGGCUUAAGGAUAGACACCUAUGUAAUUCCAUGUGCAUUUUGCCAGAAUUUCACACCUGUACAAAAUUCACACCACUCAAGGAUUCUGCCGGGGGAGUCAGUGUCUCCGUCCCCAGGCCACAGUAGACUGCAUCAUUCACAAGGGGAAGUGGGCGGCAGGGAGAAGAUAGCUCAGAAGGUAAAGCGUUGCACCCGAGUCCCCACCACCCACGUCAAAAAGGUUGGGCACACCAAGUGAUUUUAAUCUCAAUGCCGGGCAUGGAAGAUCCCUGGGGCUUGCUGGCCAGCCACCUAGUGUCACCUUACUUGGGACUUACAGAACAGGGAGGGAACUUGUUUUAGAAAACAAGGUGUACAUUGCCUAAGGAAUGACACCCAAGGUUGACCACUGUCCUAUACUUCCAUAUCACUAACUCUCAACCUCUGAGACAAAUGGCUGAGGUGCCUAUUUAAUGUUUCAGAGCGAACCUGGCCUGAGGUUCCCCUAGAAUCCCCCAGUACCUACCUGUUACAGGGUGCAUACGCCACCCUCUACCUUAAACUUCUCCAGCCCAGGGACUGGGCUGCCCUUUUCUACAAAAUUGUGAUUACUUGGUCCUUUAAGUCUUUCUUUUGGUCCUCCUGGCUGCUGCACCUGGUUCCCCCCCUCUCUUCCCCUCCUCUGCUCCCAUGGCUCAGGGUCAUGACCACUGUGGAGUUUCCCAGAUGUGUCUGUCUCAGGCAUUGCUCUCCCUCUUAGCUACAAUAACCCUUCUCCUCCAUCACAUCUAAGAGCAGUCAUGCCCUUUCCUUGCUUUUUUUUUUUUCAAACACACACAAGCACAUAUGUAUACCUGCUUAUUUGUGCACACAGAUAUGUCACUGGUUCCAGAUGAAAGCAUGUGUCCACAUUCUACAGGUCCCUUAUAGUUCUACCUGUGAGUGUGUCCUUUCCUUCUAAGAAGUAACUGUGAUACUGAUGCUGUCCUAUAAAUACAUGUUUUCCUUGAGCUUCAUGUCAGUAUAACCAUGUAAUAUGUAUAUUGUGGUUCUCUCCUGCCUCCCCCCUCUCUUUCUUGUGUGAGUGUGUGUGCGGUGCCUUGCAUGCUUGUAUGUAUUGAUUCUUUUCUCCCUCCAUGUACUCCAGGGGCUGACUUAGGCCUCCAGGCUCGCAGGCAUGUGUCUUGACUCUGCUGAAGCAUCUAGCCAGCCCCAGUUCUGUCAUCUUUUACUGAUGUUGCAAUGCAUCCAUGUGUUUGAAUGUAACAGUCGUCUCAUUUUUCCCCACUGGGUAGUUUUUCACUGUAUGGAUAGACUACCAUCCUUCCUGUUGGUUUCACUGGACUCCAGCUUUUAGCUCUUCCUGUACGUGUUCUUACAUAAUUGGACACGUCUGCAAAAUUUCAUACCCGGAGGAGAAUUAUGGGUUAAAGUGAAGACAUAAAUCAAGUUGGAGUAGAUCUUUCCAGAACACUUCCAGAGUGGCUGUAGCUUUUACUAUACACCUGCACUGAGUUCACACCUCAUUGUCAGAAUCAUGACAUAUUCUUAGUUUUAUGAAAGAAAUACUUUUUUUGUCACCUUGGUGUGUAUACAACAGUGUCUCUUUGUGACUGUUUUGCGUUCUUGCUGAUACAAAAUGACAUUGAGCAUCAUGUCUAGUUGUUUGUUUCUACUUUUCUUUUAGAUUAUCUUUUCCCCAAAGUUGUAGCAGGGGUUCAGUUUUAAGUCUCAUCUAUGAGUUUGGGCAGACUGUAGAGUGAGUUCAGAGAGAGCCUUGGCAACCGAAUGGAACUGUUAAUCCAGCUGGGUGAAAAUAAGAGCACUACUGCAAUUGUUGAGCUAAAUUUGAAGCAAGUUUUAUUAAAUACAGGCCAGAACAAUGGAUACUGGCCAGGUCCAUACCCAGAAUCCUCAGAGAAUGGCCCCAAAUAUAUUAGUCAGGGACUUACUUCCUAUCUUCAUCCAGUUGGGGCAAAUAUACAUCUUAAUAUACUUUCUGCUAUGAAUCUCCUGCCUACAUGAGCAAGAGCAUUCUGUGCAGUUGAGGCUUGUUAUCUUACAUCAGUGGUUCUCAACCUGUGGUCAUGACCCCUAUGAGGGGAAGUUUAAUAAAUCUUUCACAGCAGUUGCCUAAGACUAUUGGAAAACACAGAUGUUUACAUUAUGAUUCAUAACUAACAAAAUUACAGUUAUGAAGUAGCAGUGAAAAUAAUUUUAUAGGUGGGAGUCACCACAAUAUGAGGAGCUGUAUUGAAAGGCCUGCAGCAUUAGAAAGGUUGAGAACGACCGUCUUACAUGAAUACCUGCCCCUAGCAUUCGUAGAAGUUAUCUGUCCUUGGGCAAGUGGGGCUUACAGGUUAGAAUCAUUUCAGUUUUAUAGAUCUCUUAAGCACAGUAAUUUGAACUUCAGCCAUCACUUUAGCCAUCACAAGACCUGUGUUAACAUUAAAAAAAAAAAGCAUUAAAUAGUAGACCAAAAAUCAAAUAUUAAAAAAAAAAAAAAACUCACUUGGGCCUGGGGAAGAGGCUCAUUGGAUAAAGAGCUUGCCUUUUAAGCACAGAACUUGAAUUUGAUCUCUAGAACCCAUGUAAAAAUGUCUGGAUAUGGUAGCUUAGAUUUGCAAUCUCAGUGAAUCAGAGACUAGCAGAUUCCCAGGGUUGGCCUCGGCUGCUUAAUGAGUUUCAGAUUCAGUGAGUGGCUUUGUCUCAUUAAAAACAAGAGAGAUGGCAUUUGAGGAAUGACAGGGCUUGAGGUUGCCUUCUCCCUCUCAUGCUUGCCUUGUACAUUCAUACAUAGGAAUGCACAUGCACAGACAUGCACGUAUAUACACACACAUUUAAAGAAAACCUUACAGAAUAGGUCAGUUCAACCUGCUUUCUAGGAGGGCUGCAGGAAGAGUGACGUGGCAAGUGUAACACAGUCACCAAGCACCAAGCAGUGAGCACUCUGUUCCAGACCUGGAAGAAUGCAGUAUAACCCAAUGACCAAGCACUGAGCUGUGAGCACUCUGUUCCAGGCCUGGAAGAAGACAGUGUAAUUCAAUCACCAAGCACUGAGCAGUGAGCACUCUGUUCCAGGCCUGGAAGAAGGCACAGGAGAAUAAUGUCUAAAUUAAGGAAAUCUAUUCUUGUAUCAGGGGUCAGAUUCAUUAAGACAUUGUAACGGUUUUUCCCUUUCUCUUUGUGUGAGCCCUCACCUGCCUCCUAUUCUUUUGUAGUACAAAAGGAGAAUGGUCACAUGCAUAAUACAUAUGGGGCUAAAGUGACUGAUUUGUUACAAAGGCACACUAGAGGUCAUAUCAGUUCUCCUAAGGAAUUUGUCUUUGCAAGGGAAACGGAUGUGGAGUGAAAGUGAAUUUCUUAAAAAGAUGGGCACUAAGAUAAAAUGUAAAUGUAGCACUCAAUUAGCGACAUCUCCGUGCCCUGGUGAGGAACAGGAGGGAAAGGCUUUGUCUUUCAUGCCUUCUUCCUUCUUUGUUACUUAGCUCCUCAGAGACUCAGGUUGUACAUUUGUGCGGCUUUGCUCAGUGCUUGGCCUCCAGUCAGGAAGCACUCAUUCUAUUGUGGGCUGCCGAUGGUUGAUACUCAUGGGAGGGUGCUAAUGCUGAUGAAGAUGAUGAAGCCCCCUCUGGCUCAGAGGGACCUUGCCUGCCUUUGCCAUCACUAAGCUUGGUGAAAAUAGUCUCAGGGCAGAGGCCUUAGCAGGUCCAGAGAGCAGCGUGAGACGCAGCAGGAAGGACAGUGUUCACAGAUGCCUCUUCGCUUAUCAGGCUUGGGUUGGGCCAGCCCCGACAACCCACAUGACUUACAUGAGUUUCAUUGUUAUGUGUGCUAUGUGUAUUUGGAAUUGUGUGUUAACCAGGCUGUGGUGGUGGUGCUUUUAUUCUCAGUCCUCGAGGAAGAAGCAGAAGGAUCUUUAAGUUCGAGGCCAGCCUGGCCCAUAGAAUGCAUUUCCUGGAUGGCCAGGGCUUUCCAGAGAAACCCUGUCUUGAGGCAGAGUGGGGUGGGAGGAGUAUAUGUACAUAAGAACGAAGUCACAGUGAUUUGAGAAGGUACUGGGAUUUAGUUUAGGCAACCUAGGGCUUUAGUUUAGUUCCAGCAUCCUGACUUACGGGACACUGAAGUAUACUUUUAGGGUUACUAGUAAAUGCAGAUUUCGAAUGUGAACUCACAACCGAACCCUCCACCAUCGGAUUUCUGUACGUGGAUAACUUGCUUCCCUUAGGGUUUUUUUUUCGUUGUUGUUGUUUUUUUGAAAAGGAUUGUUUAUAUAGUCUUAUAGAGGGGACUGAGAGACAUAACCUUUGAAAAUAUGACCUGGCACACAGUUGGUGGCCACGUUGCUGAGAUAAAUCCACGCUGAUGGGUAGCGUCAAAUUUAGUGAUCUUUCUUUAUGAGCACAGUUGACUGGUACAAAGGAACGUAUGUUUUAAGCACACCUACUAGACCAUGUAGCCUUGCUCAGCCUCAGCCGUGUUGUUGUGGCUACAAGCAGGCUUUGGUUCUGUAAUUCUGUCACCAAAUGUUCCAUGCUCUUUAGAGCAAUUGCAACUGAGAUAAAUCUGCCGUAUAACUAGCCUACCAUUGAGCGAUCUAUAAUUUACUGGCAUAAAACACACUAACCUGCACAUUAAAUGGUAAGUGUGAUGUUGUAGCCUUAUUUUUUUUCUCUCCCCCUCAUUACCUAUAAAGCCUUUAAGCAUGCUUUCAAGGUAGGUCAGGCAGUGCAAAGGGGCCUGGUUGGCCUCCUGGGCUUUUACUCUUGUUGCUAUUUCUUGAGCUCUCUGAAAUGAAUGGCUGUCUGUGUGAAGGAAGGUGGGCUUUCUUUCAAUAGCGCAAAGCCCCAUGAAGCACACACCUAUGUGACACAGCAUCUCCCCAGCAGACACACACAUCUAUGCUCCCUACCCACUUUAGUUACUUAUUGUGGUGGAUUUUCUUUAGGGCCUCAUCUGGGUGUUAUGAGAGUAGACCAUAAUGUAUCCCACACAUGUAAAAAGUUCAAACAUCAUGUCCCCUGUUCUCCUGUGUUCUGAGCCCAGUGAGAGCCACAGCAAAGAAGAUCAAAAGGUGGCUUAAGGAAGGUUACAGUGUUGAGACAGAGGAGUAUGACCUUGUUUAGCUCAUCUGUAGUGAGGCCCUGCAAACAAAGAUCCCACACUCACAGCACCCUGCUCAAUACAAGUUUGCAGUUUCUGGAACGUUUUAUUUUUGAUGGCGCCAUUAUAGAAUGUUUUUUCUCCUCAUAGCCUUUCUGCAUAGAUUUCGUUACAUGAGCCAUCGUCAGGUAACAGCUGCUCGACAAACCUGUGGCAAAGUUCCUGUGGGUGCCAUUGAAGGAGCUGGGUUCUUUGCACUCUGGAGAGUACUGUAAAAUGGCGACAGUUGUAAGGAAUGCUCUUUGUCUACUCCUUCCUUGUUGACGUUGACAGCCUUUGGAAUUUGGUGGGGUUUUUUUUGUUUGUUUGUUUGUUUUUUCCCCAUUUGCGAUAUGGUUCCCCAGAUGGCUUAGGAAAGCCUCUGAAUUGUCAGUGAGAUUGUUUUCUAUAAGGGUGGAAGGGUUACUUCCUAAUAUAUUUGUGGCAAUUCAAGUCAGAAUCCAGCUGGAAAACUGCAAUUAUUACAUUUUUUUCCCUUUUUACUUAUUGAAGAAGUCAGGGGUUCUCAUGAGGAAAAUGGGCCUCUGUGGGCCCCUAUGUAAUUGUGAAGUGAUUUAUCGUUUGUCUUUGACGUUACAUGAAAGUCGUCAUAAUCCAUAUGCAGGAAGAAACACCAACAGUGAUUUCCCGUCACCUCUUGGUUAUAAAUUGACAUAAUUAUCAGGUUCUUUGACUAACUUAAAAAAGCAUCAGAUAAGUUGAAGUUCUUUUGUGUGGCUUCUCUUUCCCCAGCAAUAUCUGUUACCUCCUAAAUGAGCAUUAUAGACUGACUCACUCACCUUAGGAGAAAAUUAGUGUCCUUUUCCUGGCACAACUUUGCUGCAGAAUCCAAACAGGUGUGCUUAGGAAUUGUGUCCUUUGCAAAAGGGCUCAUUUUGAUCAGUGGCUCCUGCAUUCUGUAAAACCAGUAUUUCUUGAUUUGUAGAUAUAUGCUUUUCUGCAUUGGGGAGUGUAGACACACAGAUGUAUAUAUGUAAUGUUUAAAUUUCCUUUUUUAUUGAAAAUUUUAUUAAAGAUUAUAAUUAAAGUUUAUAAUUAAAUAGUAUAAAUUAAAGUUUAUAAUUAAUAACAUGUUAAAACUAAGGUUCUUUCCCUCUGCCCCCUCCCACCCGGACCUCAUGUAUCCUAGGCUGGCUUUGAACUUGCCUUAUAACAAAGCAGGACUUUGAACUUCUCACCAUCUUGCCCCCAUAUCCUGAGUGCUGGGAUUUCACACAUGAUCCACCACACCAAGUCUAUGCAGCUCUAGGCAUUGAACCCUUGGCCCUCAGCUUUUUCUGGGCAAAGCACUCUAGCAUCUGAGCUAUAUCUCCAGACCCCAAACAAGGGAAGAUUGAUGUUGAAAAACAAAACAAAACAAAACAAAAAAACUUGCGUAGUGCUAUGGUCUGAAAAAUGUCUCCCUAAAUCCAAAUGUUGAAAUAAAUGGCCAAUGUGAUAUAUAAGACUUAAAUCAAGUCUUGAGUGUGAAAAGAUUUGUAGCUGUUAUGAGAGAGCUUAAGAUAGUGUGUUUGUGCUCUGUCUUGGCUCUGCCCUAUGAUGACCCAGUGUUCAUCCUUCUGCGCAUGCAAAGACAAGCUGCCAUUUUGGUACAAAAGAGCUUUUCUUAUGGGACUCCCAAGCCGAUUGGCAUGUUUGCUUUGAAAUCUCCAGUUAACAGAACUAACUGUGCGACACAAACCUCACAAAUCUCUGCUUCUUAUAAACAUCAAUGCAAAUGAACUAAGACACAGACUAUUUAUUUUUGUUGCAUGUGCUUGGAAUUUGUGUGUCUAGGCUGAUAAAUCAGCACAUGGGUGACUUUAGUUCCAAUGAAUUGCUUUCAGGUAUCGGCCCCUUAUCUACCUUCAUGGCUCCAUCAACUAGCAGGAAGUCCCAGCCACAUUUUUAAUAUAAGCAUCAAGUUAUUGUAUCAUUACCACAUAUAUUUUUAUUAUUAAAAAUAAAAGCACAAAAAUGUCAUGUGACCUUUGUAAUACCAUAGUGUUUACCUUUUGUCUGACAAUCAUGGACUGUUAUUUAAGUCAUCUAAUCAUUUACCUAGCAGAUAUAAGUUACCCUGGGCCUUCAGCAUCCCAUGCCUAAUACACACAACAUGUACACUCAUAUCUGAGGGCCAGAGGGAGCAUAACUGUAGAAGCUCAGUGUGGGAGUACCUGCUCAGUAUGUCAUAUACAAGGCUCUGAGCUUAAUUCACAGCACUGCAAAAACAAAACAAAACAAAAUAUCUUUCUGCUACCUUUUUCCUAAUAAUCCAUCAAAAUGUAUUCUGAAUUGUCUUUCCCUCACUGUGGCAAAGUGUCUGAAGAAAAGUCAGCUUAAAGGAAAAGGCUGUUUUGGCUUAGGGUCAGAGAGUUUUGGCCUGUGGUUGCUUGGUCCCAUUGCUUUGGGGCCUGUAGUGUAGCAGGACACCAGAGCAGAAGGGUGUGGUUGAAGAGAUCUCUUUACUUCGUGAUAGCUGAGAAGCAGAGGGGCAAGAGGAGAACACAAGGACCCUAGUACCCAUAGGGCAUGCUCCUAACUCCCUACCAGUCCACACUUUUUAAAGUCUGCCUUGCCUCCCAGUGGCCCCACAGUCAGCAAACAAAUAUUUAAGCAGUUGACUUUGGGGGAUAACAGCAUAAACCAUAAUAUGUAUGAGCAUAUACAAAAGACAUAUAAUGCAUAGCAAAGAAUUAUAUAAUGGAUGCUACCCUCUAUUUUAAUGGUUGAGUAAGAGCUUUCUGUGAAACAUUCUGGCCUGUGUGCUUGCAUGCUUGUUUCAGUAGUUGGGGGCAGGGGGGAGACUAUCACUCUUCCAUUGUAACUACUUUAUUUAGUCAUUUCUCACCUUUGGUUUUCUACUGUUUUGUUGUUUGUUUUGUUUUGUUGUUGUUUGUUUUGUUUUGUUUCAUAUAUUACAUCAGGACUGUAGCUCCCUCCUUCCCUUCCUCUCUCUGCAGGAUCCACUCUGUUUCCCUUCAGAAAAGUCCAGGCCUCCCAGAGUCCUCGACCAAAUGCGACUUAUCAAGUUGCAAUAUGACUAGGCAUAACCCCACAUAUUGCUUCCACUUUUUCUUAAAACAGUUUCACUAGUAUAUUGUCCCAGAAAGUAACACCUGUCUAGGUUAUCAAAUUGAUAGAGUUAUGUAUGACAUUCUCUUACACGUCAAGAUAAAGUUUUUCUGCUUAUAAUACUUUCCCUUCUCUUUUCGAAACUAAUGUCAUGAUUUCUUCUUUCUCUUCUCAUGAUUUUGUUUUCCAAAGAGUUUUUUCUUAUACUUUCACAGAAAAGAACAAGCAAACAUCUUCCUCCCUUCCUUCUUUUUUCUUAUUGCCUGUAGUUUCUUAAUUAUUUAUUUUUUUACAUCGUACCUUUUAAAAUGGCUUCAUUGAAAUGUAUUACCCAUUUCUUAAAACUCAUUUUAUGGCCAGGCAGUGGUGGUGCAUGACUUAAGUCCCAGAGAGGCAGGCAGAUCUCUGAAUUAGCUGAGCCUAGUCUACAUGGUGAGUUUUAUGACACUAGAGAAAACAGGGAAGCUCUGUCUAAAUAACCCAAAAACCAAACACACACACACACACACACACACACACAAAGCAAGCAAAAAACCAAAAAACUACUCAUUUUAGUAUAUACCAGCCUUUCUGUACCCAUAAAUUCAAGCAACUUCAGAUUCUCCUUUAAGCUCACAGUAGAUGUAUCAAUCUUGAGUAUUAAUGACUUUUUGAUUCUUAUCAGUGUUAUCAAAGCAUCACAGUGUAACUAAUGACUCUUGUGUAUUAUAAGUGACCCAGAGGUGACUUACAGUGUUUGAAAGGUAUGUGUAAGUUACGAGCAAAUACUUGUUCUUUUGAGUGUUUACUUCUUUUUCACAAUGAUGAAUAAUGCUACCACAAAUACUCAUGUAUACAUUUUUAUAUUGGCAUGUAUUCUCAUUUCUCUUAAACAACUGUCUAUGAAAUGGGAUUGCUCUGUCAUAUCACAAAAAAAAAAAAAAAAAAAAAAACGGUUUGCGGCCUGAUUAUCCUCCAAAAUGGCAGCUCCAGUUUAUAUUACUAUUUGAGAGUUCUCCCUUUUGUCUCUUUUUAGUUGUCUUUUGCCUUGAGAUGUCUUCAUAACUACCAAGUGAUUCCUCUUGGUUGUGACUUACGUUUACGGAUGGGAUACCCAGUUAUACUGAGCACAUUCUUAUGUGUUUAUUGGUCACCCGUGUAUCAUCAUUGGCAAAUGUCUGUUUAAAUCCUUCACUAAUUUUUAAAUGGUCUGUUUGUCUUUGUAUUAACUAGUUGUAGAAGUCCUUCACAUACUUGUAUGUAAGUUCUUCAUCAGAUAUGACUCACAGAUAUUUCCUCCUAUUCCAGGUGAUUCUUCUCUCCUUAUCUUGGUAGGAUUAUUCUUCACUUUGUAAUGUGCCAGUUUCUGUGUGUGCCCUUUUGGCAUCAUUGCCUAACUGAGGAUCAUAAAGAUGAAUAAAAAUGCUUUCUUCUGGGAGUUGUAUCAAAUUCUAUGUGUCAUUACUUAUGUUCUUGGUAUGUACUCAGUAAAUUCAGGGAAGGACAUACAGAACCUGGGCAUGGUGAAGCCCAGUUGAAAAUCCAGGACACGAAGCUGAGGCAAGUGGACAGUGAUUGAGUUCAAGGCCAGCGAGUACUAUAUAGUGAGAGCCUGGCUUAAAAUAAUACACCAAAACAGAGGGAUCUGAUCACUAGUCCAAUCCUGGCAUGGUGGUACAAGUCUAUCGUCCCAGCACAUAGAAAGUAGAGGCUGGCUUGUUUUACAUGGAGAACUCCCAGCUAUCUAGAGAUAUAGGGUAAGACCGAAUAUCUCAAACUACUUAUCUCCUGAAAAAAGGCAUAUUCAUAGAUAGCAGAUCAAUGCCUAGAGGGUAGCUAAUGUGAUUAAAGAGAUAGCACUCUCUGUACCAGGCAUUUACCAUGGUCUGAAUCCUCCUACCUAGUCAUUAUACCCACCUGCCUUAUGGGGCAGGAGAGAAAGUAGAGGUGUUGCCAGGUCAAGCUGUUUGCCAUUAGUCACAUGAGAAAGAGGCAGAGUUGCUACUGCACUUGCUUGGUGCCAGACCCCACCCUAAAACCAACCUGCACUCUAAAAUGGCCAUAGAGUUUGCUUUGGGGAUGUUCAGAACUAAAUCCUUUGGCCUUUUCUCGGUUUGUUAAAAUGCUGGUAGUAGAACUACACUUCCCUGUUACUUUGAACUGAAGAUCCUGUCUGACUGGCCCUUGGGUCUAGAAAUCACAUAGUAAUGAGUGAAUUAUAGCCCGUGAUGAAUGAAGGAGUCAUUGGUUCUUAACUUGUAUAUGUUUCAGGAAUGAUUUUUUUUUUUAAAGACAGGUUAUGGUCAUCUUUCCUUACUUUUGCUGGAGACCAUUUGACCUCUGAGAGCCUGGAUUUGUGAAAUUGAGAGUGUGCUCUCUGAUAAAACCUGAGCAGAUUUCCAUGGCCUCUUUGCAUUUCUCUAUACAUAGAGAAGCCUGGCCUUACACUAAUUGAAAAUCAUUUUUAUUUUCCUGUCUGUCUGUCUGUCUGUCUGUCUGUCUGUCUCUCUCAUUCACUUAUUCAGCUGGGUGGGUAGGGAAAUCGGGAGGAGGUAGGAGGGAGUAGUAUAUGAUUACAAAAUUAUUGUUAUCGUUAGGGAUAUUUUCCAUCCAAAUGAGGUCUGCUUUUCUCACUCUUUUGCAAACUGGAAAGCUGUCCAUGAAUCUGACUGCUCGAAAGUUCCUUCCUUAUUUCAGGAAGAGGACAUUCAGUAGUUUUGUUCCCUCUGGUGCAGGCUCUAUGUCACUUCAUUUCAACAGAGCAAUUUAAUUUGUACUGCACAACCAUUUUCUUAUGGAAAACUAAUAAAAUACAAAUUUUAGUUUCAGCGUGAAAUUGUGGCUGAAGGCCUUCGAGAGUUUUAUGUGAUCCCUGUCUGUGUGAUGACAGAGAGUGAUGUCAGCGCUUACACACAUUAGGUACAAGGUUGAUAAGAAGAGGAUUCGCUAAACUUCAUUAUUUCCCUCAAAAUGAAAAUGUAAACUGAUUCUUUGCAUUCAGCUCCUAAGACCUUACCUGCCAAUGCAGUAGGCAGGAAUCUGGAAUGAAGCUUUAAAAAACAAACAAACAAACCCAAAAGCAUCUCACUUAUUCUGGCAGAUUGAAUUUGAGGUCAGCCUCUUCUAUAUAGUGAGUUCCAGGACAGCCAGAGCUAUGCAGCCUGUCUCAAAAAACAAACAAACAAAUAAACAAACAAAAAGCAACCAAACAACAAAAAUUACUAGAGAUGCUUAGUAAGUGAUUGUAGUGAACAGUAACAGCAUGAUAUACAGUAACACUUUUUCCUAUGGAUGGACCAUAGAGAAACUUUGCUUAUCUGUUUUCCCAUGUGUAAAAAUUUUAACAGAAAUGGUGAUAAAGGUGACACCUGACACUGACUUGUGGCCUCACAUGCACACACAUACAUGUGCACACAUGUGAACUCAUCCAUUCAUACACACAACAAUGACUAUUAUCAUGUGAGAAUAAUGUACAAAAAGUUCUUAGCACAGUUCACAGAUGCUCAAAAGCAGAACAAGGAGAGAUGGACUUGGGGCACACUCCAGUGUGGAGUCUUAGAACUCUAAGUGCCCAUAGGAAGAGGAGUGCUAGAAAUGCAGACUUGAGCCUGCCAUGGUGGCCAAAGCAUAAGCUGCACAGAGAAACCCUGGCUGGAAAACAAAAAAGCAGUGAAAUCUUGUCAUGCCUUGGAUUGUUCAAGGAACAAAAGAUCACAUUUCCCAAUGCACAGCGACAGGUUCCUGCUUAGUAAAUUUUUUUCAUCUGCUCUGACAUGUAGUUGAUCCUGUGUCCUAGGGAAAGUUCUGUUUUCUAGUUAUCUGACCUGUAGACUGCCCUCUAAACCUUUCUCUCCCCCAGCUUUCAAAUGCUUUGCUCUCUGUUGGCUUUGGACCUCUCCAUCUAUGGUUCCCCAUCAUUGUUCAUCUGAAAGUUUUAGAUUCCCUUGUCUCCUGUCCAUUCUUUAGUACUUAAUUCUCGACAGUCCCUUACAUGUGACCGUGGAGCUGGGGAAAUACAGGUGGUGGGUCAAAGGCAAGCCCUGUAGUGUGGCCACUGCCAAUAGGGAAUGUUUACUCUCCAGAAGUCUUACAGCACUGUUUCCCACUCCUGGAGCUGAGGUGAGGAUGCUGACCUGGGCAUAGGGCUGGGAUCAAAGCCCUGAGUUUGAGGGGUAGGGAGAUGACUUAGUAAAGGGUUUGCUGCACAAGCAGGAGAACCUGAGAUCCCCGGCUCCCUUUCAAAGCCAGCUGCAGCAGUAUGCAGUUUUAAUCCCAGUGCCUAGAAGGCAGAGAUAAGGGCAUCCCCAAGGGGCUUGCUGGCCAGUUAGUUAGUCUAGCUGGACUCACAUUGAACUUCAGGUUAGUGGUAGACCCUGCCUCAAAAAUUAAUCUACAGAAAUGACUGAAGAAGGCACUUCACAAAGAUCUGUGUGUGUGUGUGUGUGUGUGUGUGUGUGUGUGUGUGUGUGUGCGCGCGCGCGCGCGCGUGCGUGCCUAAGACACACACAGACACACGCUAAAAAGUAAGUUUGAAUACGAGGUGGUAAACCUCAAGUGUUUGGUUCUAAAUGGGAUUCUACCUUUAUUUUAUUUUUUUUUUCUAAUCAGCUGCUUGAAGGGGAAUCCUUCAAAGUCUCAUUCUCAGCUUCUCCAUCAUCUUUAACUUCAUGAAAACAGUUAUUUCAAAUAUAAGAAUUAUUUCUAUGAAAUUUCUUUCAAAGUUAGGAGAGAGGCCGAGGGGACUUGGGAGGCUCUUGUCCCCAUUCUUGAGACUCACCCACCUUUCCUUACCAUACCCUCAAGCCCUCACCCAUCUGUCCACUCAGCUGCUAGUCCUUAGCAAAUGGGGCAACCCGAUUUCCCGCCUUUCCUUGGCCAAGAGCUCCCCAGGACCAAUCGGGUGGUGGGGACUUGACAUGUCCUGGUAGGGGAGCUAGCUGGGUCCCGCCCCCUCCCGCCCCCUUCACAGGUGCAGCCCUAAUCCCCCCUGGCCUAGAUAUCCGGCAGCCUCUGAGAACCCGGGCUCUGUGAUGUAAUGCGCUUUUUUCACACUCCCGGCUUAAAUACAGAUGGAAAUUGUUGUCAUGUGUUAGAAAUGUCGCCAGUGAUAUAAAAGGCGCAAGCUUGAGCAUCUUCUCUCCCUUCUCGCACAUCAGCUGCUCCUCCAGCCAGAGCCUGUGCCCUGGAAAACCCACUCAGUGGUCAGGUGGCCAAGGAGCCCCUAGCUAGCUUAGGAAGGGGUUCAGAUCCCACUCCCCACCCCCGCCUCUCCUUACAGCCGCUGCGGAGCCGAAGACCAGCGUGGUGGGAGGCUCUUUCAGGCGCACAAAAGGAAGGAUUAAUCUUGGCGAUUGGCUGGGCUUUUGCAGGCAAGUACAAGUCCAUGAUCUUCCCAGGCCAACCCCUGCCCACCUCUGGAUUCGAACGCUCGGCCACUGGAAGAAGGCUGGGAUCAGGCAGGCUGUGACCGGAGCGCCUGCCACCGGAGGCACAACCCGGUCUCCCAGAGAAGGAGAAGUGCCUGGUGUGGAUUACAGCUUUCUGACUGUGAAGGAGUUCUUGGACCUCGAGCAGAGCGGGACCCUGUUGGAAGUCGGCACCUAUGAAGGAAACUAUUAUGGGACACCCAAACCUCCUAGCCAGCCAGUCAGUGGGAAAGUGAUCACGACGGAUGCCUUGCACAGCCUGCAGUCUGGCUCCAAGCAGUCGACCCCUAAGCGAACAAAGUCCUACAAUGAUAUGCAAAAUGCUGGCAUAGUCCACCCGGAGAAUGAGGAGGAGGAGGAUGUCCCUGAAAUGAACAGUAGCUUUACAGCCGACUCUGGAGACCAGGACGAGCACACUCUCCAAGAAGCAACGCUCCCGCCUGUGAAUAGUAGCAUCCUCGCUGCUCCCAUCACGGACCCUUCUCAGAAGUUCCCUCAGUACCUACCUCUUUCUGCAGAGGAUAAUUUAGGUCCUCUACCUGAAAACUGGGAGAUGGCCUAUACUGAAAAUGGAGAAGUCUAUUUCAUAGACCACAACACGAAAACAACAUCAUGGUUAGACCCUCGGUGCCUGAACAAACAGCAGAAGCCUCUGGAAGAAUGUGAAGAUGAUGAAGAAGGGGUACACACCGAGGAGCUGGACAGUGAACUAGAGUUGCCUGCUGGCUGGGAAAAGAUUGAAGACCCUGUCUACGGUGUCUACUAUGUAGACCACAUCAACAGGAAGACGCAAUAUGAAAACCCAGUCCUAGAAGCCAAACGGAAGAAACAGCUUGAACAGCAGCAGCAACAGCAGCAGCCUCAGCCACCGCAGCCAGAAGAGUGGACAGAGGAUCAUGCAUCUGUUGUGCCUCCUGUUGCUCCUUCCCAUCCCCCGAGCAAUCCGGAGCCAGCCAGGGAAACUCCACUUCAGGGCAAACCUUUUUUUACAAGAAACCCCUCUGAGCUGAAAGGCAAGUUCAUUCACACGAAGCUACGGAAAAGCAGCCGAGGCUUUGGCUUCACGGUGGUUGGAGGAGACGAGCCUGAUGAGUUCCUGCAGAUCAAGAGCCUCGUCCUCGAUGGUCCUGCCGCACUGGAUGGCAAGAUGGAGACAGGGGAUGUAAUUGUGAGUGUGAAUGACACCUGUGUUUUGGGACACACACAUGCUCAAGUUGUGAAAAUCUUCCAGUCCAUUCCCAUUGGUGCCAGUGUGGACCUUGAACUCUGCAGAGGUUAUCCAUUGCCUUUUGACCCGGAUGACCCUAAUACAAGUUUAGUGACCUCGGUGGCCAUUUUGGACAAAGAACCAAUUAUUGUAAAUGGACAAGAGACCUACGAUUCACCAGCGAGCCACAGUAGUAAAACAGGCAAAGUCAGCAGCAUGAAGGAUGCCAGGCCAAGCAGCCCUGCUGAUGUGGCUUCCAACAGCUCUCAUGGUUAUCCCAACGACACAGUCUCCUUGGCUUCCUCCAUAGCCACCCAGCCAGAGCUAAUAACUGUUCACAUAGUCAAAGGGCCAAUGGGAUUUGGCUUUACGAUCGCAGACAGUCCCGGUGGGGGUGGCCAAAGAGUGAAACAGAUUGUUGACAGUCCACGCUGCAGAGGCCUCAAAGAAGGGGAUCUUAUCGUGGAGGUGAAUAAGAAGAACGUGCAGGCCCUGACGCACAAUCAAGUCGUGGAUAUGCUGAUUGAAUGUCCCAAGGGAAGUGAGGUCACACUGUUGGUGCAGCGAGGAGGGCUACCAGUUCCCAAGAAGAGCCCAAAGUCGCAGCCACUGGAGAGGAAAGACAGCCAGAAUAGCUCCCAGCACAGCGUCUCCAGCCACCGGAGCCUGCACACUGCGUCCCCGAGCCACGGCAUACAGGUGCUCCCUGAGUACCUACCUGCAGACGCCCCUGCUCCAGAUCAGACCGACAGCUCUGGGCAGAAAAAGCCAGAUCCUUUUAAAAUCUGGGCCCAGUCCAGGAGCAUGUAUGAAAACCGACCUAUGUCACCUUCGCCUGCAUCAGGAUUGAGCAAGGGUGAAAGAGACAGAGAAAUCAAUUCCACGAAUUUUGGAGAAUGUCAGAUUCCAGAUUACCAGGAACAGGACAUCUUCCUCUGGAGAAAAGAAACCGGAUUUGGAUUUAGGAUUCUGGGUGGAAAUGAACCAGGGGAACCCAUUUAUAUCGGUCACAUCGUACCGCUGGGUGCUGCUGACACAGACGGCCGCCUGAGGUCUGGAGAUGAAUUAAUCUGUGUGGAUGGGACACCAGUAAUUGGGAAAUCACACCAGCUCGUGGUCCAGCUUAUGCAACAAGCUGCCAAGCAAGGCCAUGUCAAUCUCACAGUGAGGCGGAAAGUGGUCUUUGCCGUCCCCAAAGCAGAGAAUGAGGUGCCCUCACCAGCCUCAUCACACCACAGUAGCAACCAGCCCGCGUCCCUGACGGAGGAGAAACGCACACCGCAAGGCAGCCAGAACUCUCUGAACACUGUGAGCUCUGGCAGCGGCAGCACCAGUGGCAUUGGCAGUGGUGGCGGCGGGGGCAGCGGUGUGGUGAGCGCUGUGCUGCAGCCCUAUGAUGUGGAGAUUCGGCGUGGGGAGAACGAGGGCUUUGGGUUUGUCAUCGUGUCCUCCGUGAGCAGACCCGAAGCGGGCACAACCUUCGCAGGCAAUGCAUGUGUGGCUAUGCCUCACAAAAUAGGUCGGAUUAUUGAGGGGAGCCCUGCUGACCGCUGUGGCAAGCUGAAAGUAGGAGACCGGAUCUUGGCAGUAAAUGGAUGUUCCAUCACCAACAAAUCCCAUUCUGACAUUGUCAACCUAAUCAAAGAAGCGGGCAACACAGUGACUCUCCGCAUCAUCCCCGGGGAUGAGUCCUCAAAUGCCACGCUGCUGACUAAUGCUGAGAAGAUUGCCACCAUCACCACCACUCAUGCCCCCUCUCAGCAGGGGACCCAGGAAACAAGGACCACCACCAAACCAAAGCAGGAUUCUCAGUUUGAGUUCAAAGGACCGCAGGCUGCACAGGAGCAAGAUUUCUACACUGUGGAAUUGGAAAGAGGGGCCAAGGGAUUUGGCUUUAGUCUUCGAGGGGGCCGAGAAUAUAACAUGGAUCUUUAUGUUCUGCGCUUGGCAGAGGAUGGUCCUGCAGAAAGAUGUGGGAAGAUGAGGAUUGGCGAUGAAAUUCUAGAGAUCAAUGGUGAGACCACCAAAAACAUGAAACACUCUCGGGCCAUAGAACUGAUCAAGAAUGGCGGCCGCAGGGUCCGUCUGUUUCUGCGGCGGGGAGACGGCUCAGUCCCAGAAUAUGACCCCAGCAGCGACAGGAACGGCCCCUCCACCGGUGCACAAGGUGUUCCGGAAGUGAGGCCGGGGCCGCCAGACCACAGACCGCAUCCAGCCUUGGAGUCCAGUUACCCACCCGAACUUCACAAAUCAUCACAACAUGCCGAAAAGCGAGCACACGCGAAGGAUCCAAAAGGCAACAGGGAGCACAGCAAACAACCCAACGAACAUCACACCUGGAAUGGAACUUCUAGAAAACAGGACAGCGGGGCAUGCCGGCCCAAAGACCGGCCACCCGACGCAUGGAGAGAGGCGCAGCCAGAGCGGACAGCCACCAAUGGUUCAAAGAGGAGGUCACCGGAGAAGCGCAGGGAAGGCACCCGCAGCGCUGACAACACUUUGGAAAGAAGGGAGAAGCAUGAGAAGAGAAGAGAGAUAUCUCCCGAGAGGAAGCGAGAGCGUUCACCCACCCGGAGAAAAGAUAGCUCCCCGAGCCGCCGGCGGAGGUCCCUCGAAAGACUCCUGGAUCAAAGACGGUCCCCAGAGCGCAGAAGAGGGGGCUCCCCCGAGAGGAGAGCCAAAUCCACCGACAGGAGGAGGGCCAGGUCCCCUGAGCGCAGGCGAGAGCGGUCACUGGACAAAAGGAACCGGGACGACAAGGUUGGCCACCGAGAAAGAGAGGAGGCUGGUCUGAAGCUGGAAGCGGGGAGAAGCCCCCGAAAUCCCCCAGAGCAGAGAAGGCGGCCUUACAAAGAAUGUAGCACCGACCUCAGCAUCUGAGACUCAGCAUUGCAACCUUUACCGUGUCAAAGGUUCUAAGAGGAAGGUCGCAAAACGAAAUCAUUUAGUUUCUUACCUGAGGAAGCAUCUGACACCUGAUAGUCCUAAGAAUAGUAACGAACAUUUUAUGCAUCUGAAAUCUUAUAAGGAAAAAAUAUAUAUGAAAAGUCUUGUGCCUGGUGUAAAAUAUUAAAGAAAGUAUUUUUAAAUGCAUACUUUUUUUGAAAAUUAUUUGCCAAAAUACUGGCCCAAAGGGAUAUACAUUUUGUUUCUUCACAAGCUAUAGAGUUGUUCCUUAUUUGGGGCAAGCUCUUUCUCUCCUAGAUAAACAGGGCUGUUGGUCAUGUCCUAUAAGUAAAUGCAAUUAACUUUAACUCAAUAGAAACUGUUCCGAAGUGAUGUAGUGCUGUACUGUAAACCUGUUUUCAGAAAAGCAGAACGCAAAAAGACAAACUUGUACAGACUGAGGAUCUUUUAGGAUGGAUUAGAAUGGCCAGUGAGCCUAAAAUUCAGCAAACUAUGCGACAAGAGUACUACUGCGAAUGAAGGGUAUUUAUGACUACAGUGUACAGCACUAAGAGACCUUAUGGUCUUGAGUUAUAGUUGCUAUAGUCAAAGAACAGUCUGUGCUCUCCCUGGCCCAGGAAGGUGCAGAAACAAGAAGGUUGGCUGCCAGUAACCAAACCCAGCCUUAGCUCAGAGGGUCAGAUUCAUCAGGCCCCGCCACAGAACCAAUACAUCUCACCUGCAGCAGUGCCCAUUGCAAAGCAUCAGCCUCUGGAUAGAACAGACAAGCUCCUUCUGGGUUGUCUGGUCCAGUCUGAAGCCGAGUAGAUCCGAAUAUAGGACCCCAUGCCUCUGGGAUGAGGGAGAUGUCUGUUAAUGUCUCCAACGUGGGAAGAGUCCCCUCCCCCAGUGUUUAGCAUAAGCCCCUGCUUGCCUUCUGCCCAGUGGGAGCAGAGGAAUGAACUGUGGUGGAGGAAACCUCUGUCAGCAUAUUUUAAAAGGAUUGAGGCUCCAUAUUCCCAGAAUAGUUGAUCAUGCACUUUUUGAAACCAUAAUCCAGGUCCUAAGGAUUGAGUGAAACGUGAUGACACCAGUGGAUCUUGAUCUGUCUACAGGGAAAUGACCUUGUUCCUUGGGUUUGGGGACAGCAAAGGAAAGUGUAAUGGUUUUUCUUGCUAAAGUAGACCCAUUUUCUGAACCCUCAGAAGGUGUGGUUGUGUCGGCUGUAGCCCUGAGAAGUGGUUUAAGUGGAUUACUGCCUAGCUGAGCCAAAGUGUUUGCUUGUACCUGUAGGACCACUACAGCAAACCCUGCUGACAGAGCAUUUGUAUUUCUGUAGUACCGGGUUUUUUGUUUUUUUGUUUUUUUGCAUUUUCCCUUCAGACACAAAACUUUUCCAGUCAAUCACUGUUGUUCCUGUGGUACUGUAAUAAGGGAGAGGGCAAAAAAAGAGAAAACAAAAACAAAAAAAUAGAAAAGAAAACCAGCCAAUCAUUGUAUGUAGAGUUUAAAAUUGUAAUUAAUAGAGCCUGUUUGAAAAAAAACAAAACAACUGUUGCCUUUUUUUUUGUAUAAAAGAGAAUUUAUGACAGAAGUCUAGCUGUGGAGAAUGUGACAUGUGUCUAUAUUUCUGAAUAUGAACAGAUUGAUUCUUGGGGAUAUACUUUAUUGUAAACUAAAUCAGGUAUGUAAAGUUGUUUUAAAAUUAUAUAAGUAAUCGCUACAGCUUUAGUUUGUUGGGGCUAUUGUUUCCCCACGGAGAGACUGCUCAUGAAUAAUCAAGCAUUCAUUUGCAUUCUCGUUUCUUCAUUUAUUUCUUGCUUAACACUCUCUCUGGGUUGAUGAAAAGCAAUGUGUGGGCCAACCUUUUUAUAAAACACUAUGCACAUAUAAAUAUUACAUUGUUCAUAGCUUUAUUUGACUUAGGGUUUAUAUAUAACAUUACACCGAGUAGUUAUAGUUAAUAUGGACAUUUCUCCAAAUUCUUUCUCUGAAUCAAACACAAUAUACAUGUUAUAGCUAAAGAGGGCAGGGAAUCUGUGAUUGCUACUUCUACUAUUGGAGUUUUCCCUACAAAUCAUACAUUGGCAAUAGAAUUAGGCUGAGGAAGACUCCUACUGAGUGGUGAUUUUUAUUUUAUCCAAUUACCUGAGAGCCAGCAUGGAGGUUGCUCUUGAAGUUCUAAAGCUAGGAUUUUUCUCACUAUUUCUAGCACAGCCCAUGAUGUUAACUCAUGGAUUCAUUCCCUUGAUCAUGGACUAUGGGUUUUAAACAAGUUUAAAAAAAAAAAUCAAGGUUGAUUUUUUUUUUUUUUUUUUUUUUUGGAAUGAACAUCAUGAUAUGUGUCUCAGUUUAAGAAAUGGUAUAGGGCAUUUAAAGUCAGUGCUGAGCCCGGCUCGGUAUCUGAGGACUUUUGCUGUGACAAUUUCACCUUAAAUUCCAUACAUCAGAUUUGAGUUGAAAGUACUGCACUGUACGGGAAACUACAUGUGCUAAACCGAAACCUAGAUGUCUCUUCAAUCUACUGUAGCCUGUAUUGGAAACUGAUUCUUGUGAGCCUACUUCCCUAACCUUUCACUUCCCAUAAGAUGAGGGAUGAGGGGUGAGUCUUCUGUAUGAUUAAAUCAAACACUUUAAGACUCCCCAGCCCCCAUGACACAACCUGAAAGGAUGUUCAGGGGUUGGGGGAGUCAAUAGCCUACUUGUAUUUUUUAAGUUUCUUUUGUGAAAGAUUUUUUAAUGCAUUUUUACUGUAAAAAUACAUGGAAGUGUAUGCAUUCCAUAACCAC